AAGCAACAAAUUCCCCGCUACAGCAGUUCUUUCCCCAUCCCCCACUUUAUUCGCUUUCCCAAUACAUUGCAAGCUUCCAAUAUUAACAAUGAGCUCCGCCGCCGCCUCCUUCCUCAACGAUGAGAUCAUCUUCGAGUUGCCCACUACGAUGCUGCUUUACCAGAGCGGCCGCGUAGAACGCCUUGUCAAGGACGACAUCGUCCCCCCGGCCCUCGACCCUAACACCCGCGUCAAAUCCAAGGACGUCAUAAUCAACCCCUCCACCGGCCUCUCCGCUCGCCUUUACCUCCCGCCCUCUUCUUCCACCACUUCCAAUAGCGACAGAAAGAAACUCCCGGUUCUUCUCUACUACCACGGUGGCGCCUUCUGUGUCAUGAGCGCCGCUUCCGCCAUCUACCACAACUACCUCAACUCCCUCACCGCCAAGGCCGACGUCCUUACUGUGUCAGUUGACUACCGCCUCGCACCCGAGAACCCGCUCCCGGCUGCCUAUGACGACUCCUGGGAGGCGCUUCGCUGGGUAAUGGCCGGCUCAGAUGCUUGGUUGUCGGAUUUCGGGAAUUUGGGCAAGAUUUUUCUAGCAGGUGACAGCGCCGGGGGAAACAUUUCGCACAACUUGGGUUUGAAGCUUGGAAGUGCGGGGAUGAAAGUGGAAGGGAUGGUUUUGAUACAUUCUUACUUCUGGGGAAAGGAGAGGAUUGGAGCAGAGGGGGAUGAGAAUAGGAGAUCCAAGCGCACGGCGAAGGAUGCCGAUGGGCUGUGGCCGGUGUUGUGCCCCGGAAGAACGGAUCUCGACGACCCAUGGAUCAAUCCAAUGGCGGACAGUGCGCCGAGCCUGGUGACGCUGGGGUGCCGGAGAGCUCUGGUGUGCGUCGCAGAAAUUGAUUUGUUGAGAGAUAGAGGAAGGCUUUACUAUGACAAGCUCAAGCAGAGUGGGUGGGAUGGGGAGGCGGAGUUCAUGGAGACCGAGGGAGAGGAUCAUGUCUUCUUUCUGUUCAAACCACAUAGCUCAAAGGCGGAGGAGUUCGAGGAUCGCUUGGUCAGCUUCUUCAACAAGGUGUAGAUAACAAUUCACAGCCCUCUCUCCCAUCUUUCCAGGAGAUCGAUCGAUACUUCUUCUGGUUCUCAAGUUUAUGCUGUCUGCGUCGUAUAUCCAUGUAAGAAGAGCGUAGCAAGCUCUUCAGCUAUCAAAUAAAAAAAUGUCUGCUUGUUUUCAUCUGUCAAAUUAAAAUAUGUCGACUUGUUUUCAUCCAUCAAAUUAAAAUGUUUCUCAAUCUCUUA